CUAAUUUGGAAGGAAAUUAAAACCCUGUGGUGAUUUUGUGUCUCUGUCAGGGCAGUCUGUAGGACGAGGGCCUCCUCUUGUGUUCGGUGUGUAAAACUACAAAGACAGUGGGAGUGUUUGGCACAUUGGAUAUGUACGUACGCACUGAUAUGAUUAUGAUAUGAUUUAUAACAUAAAGGGUAAAAUACUCUCAGAAAUACUGAGAUGAGGGACUAAAGAGGGUUAUUUGACCACAAUAAAAAACAACACGUAAAAGAAAGUGCACAACAGCACAGAUUUCCUAUACUCUUUUUUUAGUUUCCUUCCACUGAUUUUAAUAAAAAUGAGGAAAAACUGUUCUUGAAACUAUUAUAAGUGACAUCAUUAUGGCCCAGUUGAAGCAAAGCAUUAGUGUUUAAACUUGGCACAAAUUUAAUUUAUGACAACUUCCUUCAUGACAACUUCCUUUUUCCUUGAAGCGUGUUUCAGAGAGUGUCUGCUACAGUACAUUCUGGUGUCUCAUUUGUUUCGACAAAAUGUAUCAAAGAAAGCGUCCUCAAGGAAUGAUUCCUGCCAUCCUUAUGGCAUUCUGUGUUGGAAAAUCACUAGAAUGUAAUCAGAAGAACACUUCCUGCGAUGACAUUAAGGCUGGUGGUGGAUUCAAGUUCCCUCACGGAGGACCUGAGGGAAGUGAGAUCUACGUCUAUGAUAACAGGACUGUGCUCAUUGCUCAUGCUUUGCUUGGCGAUCAGACUUUUAAGUUUGUGAACACGGUGAUGAGCAUGGACAACUAUUCUGUCAUUACAAGAGACUGCCAAGACCUGCAAGUAAAACACAUAGUUCAUCAUGGAGAGCACUUUGUAAAAGAGAUAUGUUUGGAUUAUAAAAUUACAGAGAAACUGUACAUUGAUUCAACUGAUUCACCAACACCAAGAAUCAUCAUCAGUAUUAUAUUUGGUGUGAUAUCACUCAUUGUGAUUAUUUUUCUGUGUUACGUUUUUUGGAAAAAGCUAUUGAAGAAGCAGCACGGUGUAAUCACUGUUUCUGAGCUCACUUUCAUACAAUGCAUUCUGAGUUUUCUCGGACUGGGGAUUUCCAAGGCACAGAAGGAGGAAGGAGUUGGUUUGAAUGAAAUGGGAUCUGCACCUGAUCCACCUGGAAGUGGUGUUGAGCAACAUAACACACUUGAAAGUGUGCAUGUUCACAGUAUUGAUCCUACGGCUAAAGGCAAGACUGCUCAAUCCCUUAGUCUGGACCGCAGCUUGAGCAACGAGGGAAUCCAACCGCCUAAAAAUAGAGACAUAACUGCCCCUGACGUUUACAGAGCCUCUAAUCAUCGAGCCAUGCACAGGAAACUGAGGGAUGAUCCAGGAGGAGCGAAUGACAACAAAGGAAAAGACAGGGACACAGCCAAUGGGUGCACUGUUGGUGUUAGUGGUCCUGAAGAACAAGAGAAUGAAGGACAAACGCUGCUCUUGGAUCAGCGAGCUGCCAUCCAAGGUGAAGCCACAGUUUUCUUUACUGCACCAGACACUGACGUGGAGUCAACAUGAAGAACUAUACACAUACAUAAAUCUUGAGUCAUAAUAAUAAUAAUAAUAAUAAUAAUAACCUAUAUUAUAUACAAUAUACAGUUUUCUCACAGUUAGGAUAUGUGGUACCUUUACUGGCAGCUCCUUUGGAUGAAGUCCAGCACUUUUGUUUAAAUGAUCGCUUUCAUCCCAUGAUGCUUUUCAAAGUCUUAUUUCUUUUACAAACCCUCUGUACAUAAUUUCACACAUAUGCACAACAUAUUUACAUCAUUCUGAUGACCUGAAGUUUUUCUUCACAGAAAAAUUUGACAAUCCUGGUGGAAACCGGUCUUGUCUGUGCGUUGCUUUCAGCCUGGUCAAUCACACAGAUAAUAUGACAUAUUGAUUUUAGUCAUUACAUAUAGUGGAACAUUAGUUAUUACAUUAUGUAAUAAUUUAAAAUAGCUGAGAAUAUUAAGUGCAUGGCUUGACCAAAGGAUGGGUGGAUCCAGACAGAAAAAGUACCACAUCCAAAGCUAUGAGACAACUUAUUGUAUUAAUACAUUGAAGUGAAUGUAUUAAUGCACUUAAAGUAAAGUAAAAUACAUUACUUUAUUUGUAAACUAAAUAAAUAUUAUAUAAAAUGUUCUAUAUUAUAUUAUAUUAUAUUAUAUUAUAUUAUAUUAUAUUAUAUACCUCAUUAGAGUGAAUUAUUUUAAUCAGAUUUCUUUUCUUUUAUGAUCUACAACAAGUACGUUUUUGUAUCUGAUUAAUUAUAAGUAAACCUGCCUUUGCUCCAUUAUUGCUGCAUAAUCUAGAAACAUGUUUAUUCUUAUUAUCACCUGAAUCACAGUACCGUUUUUUGGUAACUUAAAUGUUUUGUUUGGUAUUACAUGCCUAUAACAUAUAUAUAAUAUACAUAUUUUAAUUUUCUUUUGUUGCUUAUAUAGGUAAUCAGUUGCAGUGCUUUUGCUUUUUAAUUUAUCAGUAGUGACAAUAGGAAUAUAAAAAAUGAUGAUGAUGAUGAUUUUUUUGUCAUGAAUUUUGAAUAAAAUGCUG